UUCCCUGCAGGGUUGCCAUAUCAUCAUGAAAAGCAAGAAUGGUAAAAACAUUAAUAUUUCAGUGUUUUCAUUUGAUAAAAAUUCGAAAAUAUUCUACAGAACUAUUAAAAUUUGUCCCAAAAUGUAGCGAAGUAUCUGAAGCAGAUGUUCAACUUCUAAGGAAGUUUAUAGACGACUCUAGAAAAAUUCUAGUACUUACAGGUGCUGGAAUUUCAACAGAAUCAGGAAUUCCUGAUUAUCGAUCAGAAGAAGUCGGUUUAUAUGCAAGAACAAAUCAUAAACCAAUUCAAUAUCAAGAGUUUCUUAAAUAUUCUCACAUUAGACAACGAUACUGGGCUAGAAAUUUUGUUGGAUGGGGAAUUUUUUCGAAACGACAACCAAAUGCUAUUCAUUUUUCUAUAAGGAAUUUAGAAUGUGAUUUAGGAAAGGUUUCGGCAGUUGUCACUCAAAAUGUAGAUAACCUUCAUUUCAAAGCCGGUAGUCAAAAUGUGAUUGAAUUACACGGUAGCGCGUACCGUGUAAUUUGUUUGAAAUGUAAGAGUAUCUAUAAUAGGCAUUACAUUCAAGAGGAAUUAAAAAAAACUAAUCUACACAUGUGCGAAGAAUCUACGAUGGUCAGACCGGACGGGGAUGUAGAUAUACCACAGGAUGCUAUUCAAGGAUUCAAACCUCCAGUUUGUCCCUCCUGUAGUGGGAUAUUAAAGCCUGAUAUCAUAUUUUUCGGAGAUAACGUUCCCAAAGAAAGAGUACAAGAAGUUAGAAAUACAGUGACAAAAAGUGAUUCAUUAUUAGUAUUAGGUACUAGUUUAUCAGUUUUUUCCAGUUAUAGAAUUAUAUUGCAAGCCGUGGAAGAGAAGAAGAAUAUUUGCGUUGUUAAUAUUGGACGUACAAGAGCUGAUGAUAUAAUUGAUUUGAAAAUUUCUGUUAGAUGUGGAGAUAUUGUACCUAAAGUUUGUUGACAUUUUAAAUGAAAU